UAGCUACUAUAUUUGACAUGACGUGUAACGCAAAAGGCUUUGUUUCAUGGCAAGACUAGUUUUUUUAACAAGAAAAGGGAGGUGAAGAAGAAAUAGUUGGGUUGAGCAGAAUAUAGACUGAGAGAGACUAUAUCUACAAAAUCUCCUUUCCAUCAGAAAUCCGCCUCAGCAGAUUCCCCAAUCUCUCUUCUUUCCCUCAAGCUAAGAAUAAUCACAUAUUCGAUGAUGCUAUUCUUCUUCUUCUUCUCUUCUAUGCCAACUUGUCUCAUCUCUUUCUUCUUGCCCCCCACCCCCAUUCUUCUUCUCUUCAUGCCAUGCCUUGUUCAACUGCCAAUCAGCCUGCUUUCCCAUAUGAGAGGAAAAAAUCUUCAAAGUUUAUCAGAUGGCUCAGUAACCUUUUCAAGGGCAAUAGGGGUGGACUAGGAGAGGACAACAUGGCACUCACACCACUGGAGGAUGACUCUUGGGGUAGUAAAGAGAAAGAGGAAGUAGAUCAAUCAAUUGCACGCUCUCUAGCCAAAGAUUCAAAGAGACCAAAUGGACAGAGACCGGUAACUGACAACGAUGCACGAAAUAGCCUAAACUCAUCCACAGAACCUCCAUAUUGGGACUACAAUGCCAGAGGUUGUAGGAAAUGUAGUGGCUGCCAGGGGGAUAUUGGUUCUGGCAAUUAUUUGGGAUGCAUGGGAACUUUCUUUCAUCCAGAGUGCUUUCUUUGUCAUGCAUGUGGUUUUCCAAUUACGGAGUACGAGUUUUCUUUGUCAGGGAAUAAUUCUUAUCAUAAGUCAUGCUUCAAGGAACUGACUCAUCCCAAAUGCGAAGUGUGCCACCAAUUUAUCCCAACAAAUGGAGCUGGACUGAUAGAGUAUAGAUGCCACCCGUUUUGGUCUCAGAAAUAUUGUCCUUCCCACGAGAAUGAUGACACUAAAAGGUGUUGUAGCUGUGAACGUCUCGAGUCACGUAAUACAAGAUAUGUAUCACUUGGAGAUGGUCGGAGCUUAUGUCUAGAGUGCAUGGAAUCGGCCAUCGUGGACACUGGGGACUGCCAACAACUUUACCACGCCAUUAGAGAUUUUUAUGAAGGCAUGAAUAUGGCAAUAGAUCAGCAAAUUCCUAUGUUGCUUGUUGAAAGACAAGCCCUUAAUGAAGCCAUCGAAGGGGAGAAGCAUGGUUUCCAUCAUAUGCCUGAAACCAGAGGUCUAUGCCUAUCGGAGGAGCAGACAGUGACCAGUAUACUCAAGAGGUCGAAAAUGGCUGUUCGUGGACUAGUAGGACUCAGAACACAGCCUCAGAAGCUCACUAGAAAAUGUGAAGUUACAGCUAUCCUUGUCUUAUACGGGCUUCCUAGAUUACUUACUGGUGUUAUUCUUGCUCACGAACUGAUGCAUGCCUGGUUACGUCUAAAAGGAUUCCGUAAUCUUAGCCCUGAGGUGGAGGAAGGAAUAUGCCAAGUGCUUUCUCAGAUGUGGCUUGAAUCGGAAGUGAUGCCUCGAUCCAGAAAUAUGCCAUCCACAUCCACUGCUUCCUAUUCCAAGAAAGGUGGGAAGUCUGAAGUGGAGAAUAAGUUGGGUGAGUUUUUCAUGCAUCAGAUCACUCAUGAUGCUUCUCCAGCAUAUGGUGCAGGAUUCAGAGCUGCUAAUGCAGCAGCAAAUAAGUAUGGAUUGCGACAUACGUUGGAUCACAUUCGGUUGACAGGGAGUUUUCCUUUGUGAUGAGGCGAUCUGGAUUAGCUUCACCACCCCCACUCCCACGCCCCCCCCCCCACCCACCCCAGCUCCGGCCUCCCCCCUCUUCCUUUUUUUUGAGGGGUCUGUUUUGGAUUUCUGAUAAAGUUCUCGGAAUAUCUUAGAAAUUAGGGAGUUUCGCCAUGAAAUAUUAACUAGAAAAAUGUCUUGAAAAUGGGCGUCUGGUGCAUUUGGGACUGCAAGAAAGAUCACAGUUGAAUGAAUGCUCCAGGAUCAUUUCCAAUAUUGUUGUGAACGAAAUCCUACUUUAAGCAUUGUACCUCUCACAGUUGUUAUUUUUGGAGUGUGUACUACAGAAGAGUGAAUUAAGUUGUGUUCA